AUGAGGGGUACCUGGAAACCGCCCUAACAUUAUUGUGCGUGUUCAGUAUCUUUAGCGAAACUUUCUAAAGAAGCGAGCCGAUGUUCCAGGCAGAGCUCUAACAUUAUUGAGAGAAGCGACCUACAGUCAAUUCCAGUACUAACUGAGGACACUGUAAUAGUCGUAGAUUAAAAAGGAUUUUAUGUAUUAAGUAAGAAAUUCUUUACAAAAUCUGUCACCGUAUCACAAAUUAAGUGGUACGGAACAGUAGGAGGAAUAAUAGCUGGUUCUACGAAGAGAAGAAACUCAAAAGGAUUAAAAAAUACGGCUUUGAGCACAAGAAUGCACUAAAGAAAGCUUCCUAUAAAAUACAGGUUUGAUAUACUGAACUUUGAUUACUGAAAUAUAUGUUUUCAAACCUUAAAAAUUACUAUCUUCAAAAGUCGCCGAGUAGAAUCAUUCGGUUUCCUCUGAAAUCUUAGUGAGCACUCCAAAUAUCUUAUCUGAAACGUUUUAGAUAAUUAUCCCAACCAUCGUAGGCUGGGGAAAUGAUAGUGGCUUUAAAGUGGAGACAACAUCGUACGUAAUCUAUAAGAACUGUGCACCGCUGCUCCAUAAAAAGCGAUCCAGGCUUGUGUCCGUAUAUGCAGCUGUUACCCUCAUGUAAGUCAGAGGUAAAGCGCUUAGAAUAAGAAUCGCGUCAAGGACGUUUGGACGAAAUAUUUCGAACGGAAUUUCGGCACUAAGAAGCAGCGAAGGAGAGUUUUAUUCAAACAAAGUAUAAUCGCAACAUCUGCAUAGUAAAGGCACCCGAACAAGGUAAAAGCAAUCGGCCUAACUUUUUUUCAAAAGUCGCCCGCUGUCUUCGUUCUACUAUGGCAGCGUCAGAGAUUGGAGAUCGGACUGGGAUUGCCUGGUGUGUUCUGGUGACUGUAGGUUUAAUUGUUAAGCCGUGUUUCGGUCAGUAUCAUGGAGAGAAGGGCAUCUCCGUUCCCGAACACGGCUUUUGUCAACCCAUUUCUAUUCCCCUCUGCACGGAUAUCGCCUACAAUCAAACGAUUAUGCCGAAUCUUUUGGGGCACACGAAUCAGGAGGACGCCGGAUUGGAGGUGCACCAAUUCUACCCCCUCGUGAAAGUGCAGUGCUCCACGGACCUGAAAUUCUUCCUGUGCUCCAUGUACGCGCCCGUGUGCACGGUGCUGGAGCAGGCUAUCCCGCCGUGUCGCUCUCUCUGCGAGCGGGCGCGCCAGGGCUGCGAGGCGCUCAUGAACAAGUUCGGCUUCCAGUGGCCGGAGCGGCUCCGCUGUGAGAAUUUCCCCGUGCACGGUGCGGGGGAGAUCUGCGUCGGGCAGAACACCUCGGACACGGGCAGCCCCACCUCGUACCCCACGCCAUACGUUCCCGAGCAGAUCACGCUGCUUCCCAACGUACCCCGGCCGAGUCAGCCCUUCACUUGCCCUCUGCAGCUUGAAGUUCCCACUUAUCUUAAUUACUACUUUUUGGGCGUGAAGGACUGUGGGGCUCCUUGCGAACCCACCAAGCCCAAUGGACUGAUGUAUUUCCGCGAGGAGGAGGUGAAGUUUGGCCGACUCUGGGUUGGGAUUUGGUCCAUAUUGUGCUGCGUGAGCACCCUAUUCACCGUGCUCACGUACCUAAUAGAUAUGCGGCGAUUUAGAUACCCGGAGCGCCCCAUCAUCUUCCUGUCCGGCUGCUACUUCAUGGUGGCGGUGGCCUACGCCGCCGGGUUUUUCCUGGAGGAUAAAGUGGUCUGCAUCGAUAAGUUUAAGGAGGACGGCUACAAGACUGUGGCGCAGGGCACCAAAAAAGAGGGCUGCACUAUCCUGUUCAUGAUCCUGUACUUCUUCGGGAUGGCUAGCUCUAUCUGGUGGGUCAUAUUGUCUCUCACCUGGUUCCUCUCAGCAGGGAUGAAGUGGGGUCACGAAGCCAUCGAGGCGAACUCACAGUACUUUCAUCUAGCGGCCUGGGCGGUCCCGGCCGCUAAAACCAUAACUAUCCUCGCCAUGGGGCAAGUGGAUGGCGACCUUCUCACUGGGGUGUGCUAUGUGGGCAUAUACAGCGUCGAUUCCCUGCGGGGUUUCGUCCUGGCUCCCCUCUUUGUCUACCUCUUUAUAGGCACGUCUUUUCUCCUCGCCGGCUUCGUCUCCCUGUUUCGGAUCCGGACGAUCAUGAAGCACGACGGCACCAAAACCGAGAAGCUGGAGAAGCUGAUGGUCCGGAUCGGAGUGUUCAGCGUCCUGUACACGGUUCCGGCCACCAUCGUGAUCGCCUGUUAUUUCUACGAGCAGGCUUUCCGUGAGCAGUGGGAGAAGACCUGGCACAUGCAGACUUGCAAGCGCUUUGCCGUGCCGUGCCCAGCCUACAACUUUGCUCCUAUGAGCCCGGACUUUACGGUUUUCAUGAUCAAGUAUUUAAUGACCAUGAUUGUUGGCAUCACCUCGGGAUUCUGGAUAUGGUCGGGGAAGACGUUACAGUCAUGGCGCAGGUUUUACAAAAGGCUUAGUAACAGCAACCAAGGUGAAACUACGGUAUGAACUUUCGGAGACACGGUUGAGGAACGACGGCGUCUCUAAACGGGGUUUGAAGAAAGCCAUCGCUUAGCGGACUGUAUCUGAGCAAAAAGGACUCGAAUCUGUAUUGAGCUCAAUGCCCCCCUUUGCUCCAGAAGUUUGUUUUCAUACCCUCUGUAUGCUGGGUUUCAUCUUAGCUAAUGUUCACGCUUGUAAUUUCUUAUGUCUCAUUUCUGUGUGAACAGCCCUUCGGCCGUAGAUUACCAAAUCAUUUUUUUAAACUUUCUUUCCUUUUGCUUGUGGAGAUUCUUUUAAUGCUUCUGUUUUAAAAAAAAAAACGUUUUUCUAAUGUGCCAUAUUUUAGAUCAUUGUCUAAACGUGCCACCAGAUUAUGAGAACACUUGUUGCUGCUCCGGAAUGUUUAAGAUGUUCAAUAUGCUUUCAAACUUUGCAGAACCCCGUCCCCGCCCCCCGUUUCCCUUUGUGGGUGCAUUUGCUCAAGGGUCGCAUUAUCCCGAUCAUUUGCCCAGCUUCCGACAAAAUGACACAUCAUGUAAAUCACCCCGCUGUAGUGUUAUGCGUUAUAACACUAGAAAAAGCAGAGAUUAACAUUUUUUUUUACGUUUCUGAAAGUGUAGUAUUGCUUCCUAGAUCAUAAUUCAAGGGGAUGGUGGAAUGUUCAUUUUUGUUUUUUUGUGCUAUAUUAGAGAUUUAUUUGAAACGAAUAUGACUUUCGUUCGCAAGAAGUGUCCGCCUUGCCACUCAUAAAACACUUUUUCUGUUUAAGCAUUCUUUGGUAUGUUCUUCAUACCCAUCUGCAGACAAUCACAUAUUCUCCCUGAAGGGCGGAUUUGCGUUCGAAUUGGAUAUCAAUUAUAUGCAUGUGUACAUCUGUUAAAUUAUGCAAAUUGCUACAUACACAUUUUGUAAAUAGUCGUCACCUUUUUUAAAGAAUAUAUGUAUUUAUAAAAAUAAUCUUGGUGUUUUUUACUUGAUUUUUAAAAUAUGACCUCAUUUGUAUAUGUACAGUUUCACCGAAUAAAGUAAUUAGAUUUUUACUUUUCAAGUGUUUGUGGAAUCUGGCUUCUUUGUGAAGCUUCUUUGAUCUGUGUACAUUGCUUGAAAUGGACUCGUAGAUGUACUCAUGUAAAAGAAGAAGACGCAAUUCUGAAGCAUAUUUACAGUACAUUAA